AUGCCGAAGGACACAAUGCUUGCACAGCCGCGCGCGCACCGCCGCCACAACCCACUGCACGAAGAAUUGCUCGAGACGUCGCACGGGCCGGGGCACCUGCGCAAGGUGGCCCGCAUCAAGCGCAAGGAGAAGCAGGACCGGCCCGAGGACUAUGUCGACAGCGGGCUGUCGAAGCGGAUCCUGCUGCUGGCGAAGGAGCAGCAAGACGAGAUCUCCGAGGAGCGGGCGGCCGCCGCCGCAGUUGGCGUGGGUGCAUUCAUUGGUGGUGGAGGCGCGCAGAUGAGGAUUCAGGUGCAGGAGGAGGAGGAGGAUAGCGAUGAGGGAGAGUUCGACGAUGAUGAUGGAUUCGAGGACGAGGAGGAGGAGGUCGAGGAGAUUGAGGUCGAUGAGGGCGACGAGGAGCUCUUCAAUCGCUUCAUGCCCCAGGAGGGGCAGCAGGAACAGAGGGUCUCGCUCGCAGAUAAGAUUUUGGAGAAAAUUGCGGAGCACGAGGCGAAGCUUGCUGGAGGAGGCGGCCAGGGCAAGGGACAGGACGAUGUACUUGCGCUGCCGCCGAAGGUCGUCGAGGUCUACACCAAAGUCGGAAUCCUGCUGUCAAGAUAUAAGUCCGGAAAGCUGCCAAAGGCGUUCAAGAUUAUUCCGUCGCUGAAAAAUUGGGAGCCGAUAUUGUUUAUUACAAGACCGGAUAAGUGGACGCCAAAUGCGUGCUACGAGGCGAUGAAGUUGUUUGCCGCGCAGAAGUCGUCGCAGACUCAGAAAUUCUUGUCAUUAAUUCUCCUGGACCGUGUGCGCGACGAAAUCCAUGAGAGCAAGAAACUCAACGUUCAUCUCUACAACAGUAUCAAAAAGUCGCUAUACAAGCCAGCGGCGUUCUUCAAGGGCUUCCUGUUCCCUCUGGCCGAGAGCGGCACCUGCUCCCUAAAAGAAGCACAAAUAAUCGGCUCGGUGCUCACGCGCAUCUCGAUCCCGGUGCUGCACUCGGCGGCCGCGCUUCUCCGGCUUUGCGAGAUGGACUACACUGGGCCGACCAGCGUGUUUAUCCAAGUGCUGAUCGACAAGAAGUACGCGCUGCCGUACAAAGUCGUUGACGGACUGGUGUUCCACUUCAUCCGGUUCAAGAGCGUCGACGACCAGCUGCCGCUGCUGUGGCACAAGAGCCUGCUCGCGUUCGCGGAGCGCUACAGAAACGAUAUCACCGAGGACCAGCGGGAUGCCCUGCUCGAUCUGCUGCUGGUCAAGGGACAUCCCCUCGUCGGACCGGAGAUCAGACGCCAGCUCAUUGCGGGAAGGGCUAGGGGAAUGGAGAAGGAGAUGAUGAUGAUGCAGGAGGACGAUUUGAUGAUGGAGUAG